GGAAAAAAAAACUGUAUAUUGAAGCAUUUGUUUGUUUACUAAAAAAUUAAAAUAUUAAUAUGUUAAGUUUCAUAAAAUAAAAAAUGACGCUCAAAUGCCGUACCUGCGGAACUGUAAUUUACAACAUGAACGCCAAGAAUCUCUUUGAGUGUGAGAACUCUGAAAUCCUAACGAACAUUGAAAUAGUAGCUGGAACUGCGCUGGAAAGCAGUCCAGAGCUGCCAUCCCACAUAUGCGCUUGCUGUCUUCUUGACUUGAAACAAGCCGUAUAUCAUAUAAAAGUAUUCCGAGAGCGCUGCAUCAAGACUCAAGAGCAACUGUUGAGCACCCAGGUCCAGGUUGAACCCUCUUCGGAAGGAGACUCGGAAUUAGUUUAUGAACUCAACAGCUAUGAUAAUAUUAAACUGGAAAAUAAUACUAAUAUCGAGGAAGUAUCAAUUAAAAGCAAUAGAACAAAGGAUGACUUCGAUGAUGAGGAAGAAGAGUUAGCGGAGUUUCAUGAAAAUGAAGAGGACAGUUCAAAUGAUAUGGAAGCUAAUUUUGUUGACGGCUUCACCGAAGAUAUCGACUAUUUGAUUACAGGCGUUCCAAACGAAAUGCGCAGUAUAUGCGCAUUUAGUAGCGAUAGCCAAGGGACAAACGAAGAGUUUCGGGAAAGCGCAGACAAUGAUUUAAGUCAAUAUGAUAGCUACAUCGACAUAAGUACAUCUCCUAGUUUCAAGAGCUGCAAAACUAGAAGCUUUACCAAUGCCCUGAUCAAACCCCAAGAAACCAGUGAAAGCGCAAAUAAGAAAGCAUACAAAGAAAAGUCGAAUGGUAGCAGCUUAGAUACUAAAUCACACAAAGUCAAAAAAACCUACAUCAGCUGGAAGAACCUGACGGAGGAGCAAAUUGUCGAACGACGGAGGCAACAGCGGCGUCGGGACUGCAUAUGUGAUCAGUGCGGCAGGCAUUUCACUGACCAAAGCAACUUUAAAUUGCAUAUGUUGCGACAUACCGGCGUCAAGAACUUCAAGUGCAAAGAGUGCAAUAGACUUUUCUACACCGAACACCUGCUGCAGCUGCAUGAGCGGACCGUGCAUCGCGGUGAGCGGCCAUAUGCCUGCAAGUACUGCGAUAAGACUUUCAACAGCAGCACAACGCGUGUAAUCCAUGAACGCUCCCAUACUAAUGUGCGUCCGUACUCAUGUGAAUAUUGCGAUAAAUCAUUUAUUUCCACAUCUGCUCUCAAGCGACAUGAUUUGACUCACAAUGGCGUGCGAUCAUUUUACUGUAAAAUAUGCGACAAAACAUUUCAAAGAAAUACUCAUUUAAAGGCUCAUUUACGUUCCAAACUGCAUGCCUUAAGAGAAACGAAUAUUAAUUUAUUGCGAGAGUUUGACUGAAAAAAAGUUUGCUCUUGUAUAUGUUAUUAAUGUCUUAGAUGUAAAUAGCUAAUGAUUUUCCUUAAAUUAAGGUUGACAUCUAACAAUUUUUUAUUUUCCGUUUAUGUUUCUUGCGGUAUUUUUUCAGCGGUGACAACCAGUUGUGUCGCCUAAAAAACAAAUAAACUUGAUAAACGUGACUUAAUUUAAAUUUGUUUAUAUUCUCGCACAAAUCUUUUAAAUUAAUCAUAUUCAGAAACAAGUCUUACUUUUUGCUAGAAUUAAUUACCG